AUGGGUUCCUCGAAGAAAAUGGAUGAAAAUUCGGAAAUACAGAAACCUGUUCGACAAAAUGCCUCAACAAAAAAGCAUCUCAACCCUAAACCCGCAAAAGACCGGCACACUAAGAUCGACGGCCGAGACUGCAGGAUCCGCCUCCCGGCGACUUGCGCGGCGCGUGUGUUUCAGCUGACACGUGAGCUGGGUCACAAAACUGAAGGCCAGACCAUCGCGUGGCUGUUGGAGCAUGCCGGUGCAUCGGUUAAUGUGACAGGGACGGAGGAGAAGGAUGGUGUUUCAAGCGCAAAAGAUGUUCCUAGUGACAAUAUUGAGAGUAGUUUGGUAAAGAAUGAGAGCAGUGGGUUUUCGAGGGCUCAGCAAGCACCGAAUUUCGAGAUUGAUCAUCUUUUGAGCAACUUUGAUUUUGAGAUGGGUAUUCUGCAACCGCUGUUGAUGGCCGAAGCGAAGGACGAAGAGACUCGUGAGAAUAUCACCUAA